AUGUUGUCCGAAAAAACACUGUUUUUGGGGCUGGAGCUUGGGCAGUUGCCGCCGGAGGUGAGCUCGGAAGCCGUUUUCCGGUGCGUGAGGGUGAGCUCCGUAGACGACGGAGAAGACCAGUUUGCGUACCAAACGGCAGUCAACAUCUGUGGCCACGUCUUCAAAGGCAUCCUCUACGACCAGGGCACCGAGAGCCAGUACAUGGCAGCCGGAGACACCUCCUCCGGCGGCGGCAGCGUCAGCGCCGGCGGCGCCCAACAACUCAGCCUCAUAGCCGGCGCACCCCCGGCGGCUUCCGCUGGGAACACAUCGCCUUUUAUUGACCAGUCCCUUUAUCCGGCUCCGAUCAACAGCUUCAUCGCGGGUACGCAGUUCUUCCCACCACCACCAUCAUGA